AUGGGGGAUGAACUGACAAUCUACCCCCUGGGCACUGUGGCCUGGCCAGCCCCAGUCCAGCGAAUCAGCAAGACAUCUGACAUGCCCCUGGCAGACAACAACACCUCUCUGGACCUCGCCGACCUCAGCAUGCCCAUCUCCAUGCUGCGCUGGGUCUUCUUUCCCUCAAGCCUGCUGGCUGCAGCCACGCUGGCCCUGAACCCCCUGCUGCUGCUGACCAUCCUGCGGAGCCAGCAGCUGCGGCAGGAACCCCACUACCUGCUGCUGGCCAACAUCCUGCUCUCAGAUCUGGUCUUCGUUUUCUUCCACACGUUCAUCUGCACCAGCCGCCUGGGCGGCUGGGAGCUGGGCAGAAUCACCUGUGGUGUUUUUACAGAUGCCGUCUUCAUUGCCCACAAUAGCACCAUCCUGUCCUUCACAGCCACCAUACUGCACACCUACCUAGCAGUCACUCAACCUCUGCACUACCUCGCCUUCACAUCCCACGGGGCUGCCUGGAAGGCAGUGGCCCUCAUCUGGCUGGUUGCCUGCCUCUUCCCCACAUUUCUCCUUUGGCUUGGCGAGUGGCAGGAUACCCAGAUAGAGGCAGGAGGGGCUUUGUGUAUCCUGCCGCUGAGCCUGAGCCCCGAGCCAGGCUGUGGUCCCUUGGUUGCUGUCACCCACACUUGCAUGUUGUGUGUUCUGUUUCUCUGCACAGCUGUCAUCACUUACUGCUUCUGGAGGAUCUUCGCAGAGGCCAAGACUUCAGGCGUCUGGGUACAGGGCUGUUCCCGGGCCAGGGGCACCUUGCUCAUCCACAUUGUGCUGACCACACUGUAUGUGAGCUCAGGGGUGGUGUUCUCCCUGGAUGUCCUACUGACCAAGAACCAACACAUUGGCUCCAGGUUGCAUGUGUGGCUCCUGGCGGCCAACAGCCAGGUGCUUGUGAUGCUUCCCCGAGCCAUGGCCCCAUACGUGUACGUGCUCCGCUACCGGCGCCUGCUGGGGGUGGUCCGUGGCCACUUCUCAGCCGGGAGGCAGGGGGACAUCUUUACCAUUUCCCAGAGCUGCCGAGCUCAUAAUAUGGCAGGCUGA